UGAGAGUGGUCUUCACUCGACCAAGAUGAUUAACUUUAGAGUCUAGCGAAUUUGUUCGUCCAAGUCAAAGCUACAUCGAACGGGGAGCAGGGGAUUGGCUUUGAAUUUACCACAAGAAAGCAUACGGCUUGAACUGACCCGCUAUGGCGAUUGGAGCAAUUGCUAUCGUGUCCUUGAUAUUAUUGUCGGUUUUGGUAUUUGCAUUGGCCUCGUUUAUUGCUAAACACCGCUCUGUAGCUGCUUUAAAAUUGCUCCCCGGUAGAAAACCAAGCUAUCUGUUUGGUAACGCUCUACAGCUAACUGGAGAAGCUCAUGGUGAGUAUUAUCAAGAGAGAAUAUUAUCGUGACAGGGAACUAACAUACAAGCCCGGGGCUUAGGUGUUUAACUUCCCCGUAUGAAAUAUAACUUAUUACGAAAGUGAGACAUUUUCUAAUUCCUAUUUCCGUCGCAUUUUUGAAUCCAAAAAUUUUAGGUUUCCUUUCUUAUACGAAAAAUAGCCUAACUUGGGAAGCGAAAUGUGAAAAUAGGGAACACAAAAAUAAAAAUGGGAAAAUAAAAUCGUAGGGAACACAUGAAUGGAACAGUCAUCUAUAAAUUCUUAGCCGUCCUCAAGUAAUAGAAAAUUCUGCCACUGACAAACGAGUCUUUGGCCAUGUUUUGUAUGUAUUUGUCAAUUAUUUUUAGAAAUUACCGGGCAGAUCAGGAGAACCUCCCGAAUCCAUGGCGGUGCAUGGCCUUGAGUUACGUUUUGUCCGUUUUGAGCUGUAAAGGUUGAUAACGUCAGUGAAACGAUAUCAUAUCCCAUAUAUUUAUUCACUUCAUAGUCUUGUGGAAAGUUCAAAUUCAUAGCCCAAAUGCAUUAUUUUCUGGAUUCAUUGUCGAGUUCAAAAAUUAACAGCAGGAGCCUGUUAUUCGGCGAUGCUGGCUAAUUAAUGACACUGACAGCGCUCUUCCAACAAAUUGCUUUUCAAUAGAAGCAGUUUUCUCACCCGCUACGAUUCAGUACCGUAAUUAAUUAAAAAUUUGUUUUGCACGCCUUUUAGUGGUAAUUCAAAGAAUUUUGCAAUGGAUGGAAGAAUGUAAUCAUGAGGGACUUAUGUGUUUGUGGCUCGGUCCCACGUAUCCUUUAACGAUGAUAUUUAAACCUGAAUUAGCUGAGGUAAGAGAUGGCUCUUUUUCACGUCUUUUUACCAUAUAUCUGCGAUACUAUAAUCUACUAUAACACCGUUAAAGCCGACGCAACAAUCGCAUAUUGAUCAAGUAAAUGGCCAAGCGCGCAAUAAACACCUGUGAUAUAGCUCAUUGCACAGAGCACCCUUUGCGUUUCGUUUCUGUUGCUGUUCUCUUGUUUGUUUUGUUUGUUAUUUGUUUUUUUCUUUUUUUUUCUUUGCUCCGCUCUUGCGACAUACCCUGGGUACGAGAGAUUUUUCCCUCGCAUGUGGUGGGGUCACUGGGCCGUGCCUUGGUGUCUGCCACAGGCCGACAUCUCUUCGGCCAAAGACCCGGGGGUACUACCUUAUAGAAGCCGUAUAGGUAUGUGCCGCCCCAUCGGGUAGGGUUUUUGAGCCGUUUUGGUCUGAAAACGAGUAUACACUUUGCCCAUUUUGGUCUGGAAUCGGGUAUGGUUUUCGAGGGAACUACGGAGCGUAUGAACGCAUUUAUCGUUUCAAUUCCAAAUGAGUAAGAAAGAAAAAGAACUAUGCGAAUUCGAAAUGGAAUGGAAUGCUUUUCUUGCUUGCGCUCAUAUCUAAGUAAGUAAUUUCUGCCUAAAGGCCAGGUCUGAAAAGGGGCAUGGAUUUUAGAGUUCUAGUCUGAAAGCGUGUGUGGAAAAUUAAAUGUUUUGGUUUGAAAUCGGGUCAGGAUUUAAAGAACCGGGCGGCAAACCCCACCCCUACCAAAGAGUACCCACCCCCCUCCCUCACCGGGGCCAAAAACCAAUGAUGUGAAAGGCUUGAGGGAGUCUCUAUCAGCCAGAGUACUCGUGACGACAAAAUAUAUGACGUCUUUCUCAAUGUUAAAGUCAAUCAUAUCAAUGGUUCUUUGCUGACACUGCUCAGUGAAACUAAUAGAGAAGCCACCAACGCACAACGUUCUUAGUGCUUCAAUUCGUCACGCGUUCCUGCCACACGUGGUGGCUAAGUAGCAGCCCAAAACCCUACCAGCCAUCAUCAGCAGUAGUAUCACCAUCAACGUACGUCAUCUUCAUCACCAUCAUCAUCAUUAUCACCAUCAUCAUCACCCCAUCAGCACCGCAUAACCACCAUCAUUCGUGGUAACUACUGUGUGUUCUAGAUCAAUAUUUCCCGGGCAUCGCAAGUACGUUGUAACAGCUAAAUAUAUUGUUUCAUAGGUGGUUGAGAGACCUUGGAGCCUAAUCUAUAUUUUCGGAGGAAAUUGUAUCUUUUUUAUAAGAUUGGUGACCCUUUUCACUGCUGAGAAAAUAUUACAAAAACCUAUCAACUUCACCUUCGCCAAAACAUUUUUGAGGGUGGAAAACAACAGGAUGCCGAUCCUCAGUUUGUUUCUAUAUACUGAAAAUUGGGGCAUAAGAGAGAACGGAGUCUUGAUUGAGUUUUGGUUCCCGACAAUCCUGGCACUUAUUAGAAAAUGGAUGAGGACACUUAAAGCUGGGAGCUUAAUAGAUUAAGGCCGGAUAACAGAUGCAUUCUACUUUAGUCAGUAUAAGGCUUUACGCUAUACUACUAAUUGAUUGUGUUAACGAGAAAAAUGACAAACUUGAAAUAAUAUAUAACUUUUGUUUCAGAUUAUCCUCAGCAGUUCAAAACACAUGACUAAGUCUCCGGAUUACGAAAUGUUGCAUCCAUGGCUCGGUACAGGUAAGCUGUCACACUAAAUAUUGGAUAGGACCGUAAACAAACAACCUUGGAAGUAAUUUUUUUCACUGAAUAUAAAGACACAGUCGAACCUUUUCUUAUACCUGAGUGACCCCUCUUCGUAAGCGGCUACCUAUCCAUAAGACCAAUUGUUCUAGUCAAAGCACUAUGGUUUGAAUCUCUUGUAAACGACCUGCUCUUGUAGGUGACGGCGAAAACUGUUUGGGGUGACUUUUCUACAGUUUAAUGGUUUGAUCUUUACGUUACAUGUUAGACUGCAAAACAGUCCGUUUUUUUCUCAAAAUCAGUAAAGAAAUCGGUAAAGCUUGGCGUAAGAGUCUUGCGCACGCGAAGCAAGCGAGCCUUACACGCCAGUAUCGCUCUCUGUUUUCAGCCUCGUUCCAGACCUUUUGUUUGACUGCUCGCGCGUACUUGAAUACGCAAAAAUACGGACUGUUUUGCAAUCUAGUUAGAUGUAUGCAAUAUGCUUUUUGGAUUAUGCGAACAUUUGGAGUCAACAUGGGCCUACAGUUAUCGUAAUUUAGAAACUGUGUGACAUAAUUCUCUUCCAAAAGUAGAUACAGUACAUAUAUAUAUAUAUAUAUAUAUGUCCGGACUUCAUCUUGGAAAAGACUCCCCUGUGGUUAGAUUCUCGUAAGUGACUAACUUCUGUAAGCGACGACUACAUCUUCACAUCUUGGGUGAUCGCCCAGGCUCGACUGUACAACCUGAUGGGGCACUGGCAAAGGACAGAGUAUUUCCUCCGCUUAUUAGAUUAGUUGGGUUAAUUACGUAACUAUUAUAGCGGACACCUGUACAAAGCAGACUAAAACGAACACUGUUGAAUUGGUCGCUGCGUCUGCCAGUCACUGUCUUUCUCUCUCAGUGAAGCUCACAGUCAGGAAGGAAGCUACGGUGUCAAGGAGUUUACUGUCCUCACUUACUCAGUUCCUUAAAUCACGGCUAAGUUAACCUGUCUUCUAAAUUUGUUCUUUGCCUUUUUUCAAAUAAUCACUUUCCACGACAACUGCGGAUCGUAACCAAGGACUGCUGACAAGGUAGGAGAAAUUGGCCUUGAAAAACUAAAUAAAGUACAGGUAAGUAAUAAUAACUGGAUGUUAUUCUAAAUUUUGGAGAAUACGAUGGUCUACCGAACAUUGUGAGAUCCUGCAGGAUUUCUCCAUGUUUAUAUUGAAGCAAAGAGGAUGAACUUUCUAUCUUUCAGUAAGACCCUUAUUAGACCAUUAACGAAACCUCUAUAGUACAGAUCCCACGCUCGAACCCACUGUUCUGUUAUAUUGGUCCCAAAGGUUUCAUUUAGGGCCAAGUCGCACUAGAGGGCAAUUUCAGAUUUGUUCUGGACAAAUCCGACUUGAAAUCGGCCAGUGACAAAAAAUUUGUUAGGAAAGCUACAGUCGCACUUAAGAACAAAAUCUGUGAACAAAACACAAUACCAUGCUGUGAGCGCCUUGUGAUUUCAGCCCACAGUUGAACUAAAAGCUUAUCCUCUUCUUUUCUCCAUCUGUCCUGAGCCGUCUUGUUCUCGGCUGACGAAGAUGCAUGGUACUAAGAAGAUGGGGUUGAUGCCGGCAUUAAGCUAUCUUCGCUGAACUGGAGGGAUUCUGGCAAUGAGUCAGUACUCGUGGUCGAAGGAGAUGGGCUGGGAUUUCCUUGAUCAUUAAACAUGUAAGGGACUGGCAAAGGAUAGAUCCAUCCUGGUGGACAUUGUGGAUAUUCGUACGGAAAAAAUUGGUCACCCGCGCCGGGAUUCAUGUUGUUGCGAAAUGAGAACGUGAUUAAGUUUACAACGAAGUUUAUAGCAUAGAGACACCGCUACAUAUCACCUGUCAAAUCAUUUCCGAAUUAAAACACCCUGGCUAUUGUUUUCCAAAAUUUGUCUCAAUUUGGCCUGCUCCAGAGGUAGUCGACGGCAUCUUUGAAGUUUGUCCGUCUGCGACCAAAUUUUGUCCUUUGGUGAACAAACCGGUCGCACUUGGUUUUUUAUUGUGAUGACAGAUUUUUGACAUAAAUAAACAGUUUUGUCCUCUAGUGCGACUUGGCCCUUAGACUUCAUACAAUCCCUAAACCUCUAUAAUAAGGACUCAUCGCUAUGAAUGUCUUUUCCGAAGUCCUAGAAAUCCCAAUUAAAGUUUAUACAGUAUAACCUCUAUGUGCGACUACCUCUCGUAAUCGAUCUCCUCCGAUAAAGACCAGGUCCGAGUUGUUCAAAGCUGGGUUAAAAUAACCCAGGGUUAGUUCAAAAUUUGAAUUCAGAUAUGAAAGCUUAAAAAGCAAAUUCAGUUUAAUUCUUUUUGUCAACAAUUUGAUGAUUGACUCCUCUAAAAAGAAUAGAGAAAAUUGUCCGAGAAAAUGCUUUUGAUGAGAAGAAAAAGAGACCCGGGUUAAAAUUUAACCCUGGGCUAGCACCAAUUGGCCUUCGAACAACUGGGCCCAGCUACCCAAAAUAUCAAAAUUUUCCAGUCAAGGCCCUUUGAACAAAACCUCUCGUAAGCGACAGCGGACACCUUAAUUUAGACUGACGCUUUUAUUAACAGUUUCCCAUGGUUUUUAACGUCUUGUAAGCGACAACUUGCAAUUGACUCAUGAUGUGGUCUGUUUGUUCGCUCUAUGUACUACACCACUCAGAGCGGGCAAAGACCUUUCAGUGACAACACGGAAUCACACCUAUGCACAACUUAGAAAUUGCCAUCCUCGGAGACCCAGGGGCAGAUAGUGGGGACGAGGGAAAGUCUAAACGGGCGGAAAAUGUGGCGCGAAGAAAAGUAAAGAACGGCGAGAAGAGCCCCUGGGGACAAUGUCUUACCAGGCCAGUUCCAAACGGUCGCCGCCGUUCUGGCUUCUGAUUGGUGCCAGAAAAACACAACCAAUCAAAAGCCAGAACGGCGGCGACCGUUUGGAACUGGUCUGGUAAGACAUUGUCCCCAGGGGCUCUUCUCGCCGUUCUUUACUUUUCUUCGUUCCAUAUAUAUUUUUCCGCCCGUUUAGACUUUCCCUCGCCCCCUUUACCUGCCCCUGGGUCUCCGAGGAUGAGAAAUUGCAUGCAAUAAAUUAUCUUCCAAAAUCAGACGUUUCGGGACCUUUUUUGGAAGAGACUCCCUAACGCUUCGAUUCUCGUAACUGACCACCCGACCUCCCGUAAGCGACCACUAAAUCUUGGUAUUUUGGGUGGUAGUUGCUUAGGGAGGUUCGACAGUACGCACCCAAACGCUACGAUACGACGACUUCUAGUAUUAAAUGCGGUCGACACUUUGCUCUCACCUCCCGUAGGUAUCUUAAAAAUCUAUGUCAAGAAGGUUUAACUGUAUUCGAAAAUUAUCAUUUUUAGCUAAUUGUUUCGACAGAGAUAUUCAGAGAGCCGGUGCUUACAAAAUUAUUAUCCUUGGCCACAAAAUACGGUUUUGAUACUAAAAGUUUUCUGUUUUUGGCUUUCUCUUUUUAGUGAUGGCGACAAAUGGAAAAAGCGACGAAAGCUAAUUACCCCAACAUUCCACUUCAGAAUAUUAAACGACUUUAUUCAAGUAUGCGAAGAGCAAACCGCCAUUUUGGUUUCACGCUUAAAGGUAUCGUCAGUAAAUAAGAUCGGCUGAGAAAGAGGCAUUUCAUGGUUUUGUGAGAACCCUUAUUUGUUUAGCUAAUUGCUGUUUAUAAUUACGAACACUUGGGUAAUUUUGUUGCACGACAUUUCAGUGGUGAUUCGGUAAAAGAUGAUUCCCAAGGAAUCAGCCACUUGCUGUUGCAUUGUGCGCAUGCUUCAAGUGCUGCAAAUUAAUUUUUUGGAAAUAGUUAACCGGUGUUUUUAAAGAAAGUCAUAAAAAUUUCAAGCACGAUUAUUGUCAUAUGUUUUAAAGAUUUUAUUUUAUUUCCUUAUUUUCUAGGAGAAGGUCAACAAAGGCGUUUUUGAUAUCAUGCCUUACAUCACACUUUUAACUUUAGACAUAAUAUGUGGUAAGUAUAACCUUUUGAUUCUUUUCACGUAGACAGAGAUCUAGACAAAUCUAUUCACCUGCUUAUUUUGUUAGACCCUCCCCGAAUCGACAAUCACGUUAAAAUCUUUUUUAAGUCUAAAACUUCAUAUACUAACCUUACCAUGGUUUGACUUCUCUUAAACAGUUACUUCUAUGGGUCCAUCUCCAAAAGCACAAGAGAAAAGCAGUUCACCAUAUGUCAGGGCAGUUGUCAGGUAAAAAGAAAAUGUUUGUGAACAUAUAAUGCAUUAUUUUCGCUUGUCUUUUUUAUCGUGCCUGGCAUAGUACGCACCACAGCCGAGUUAUAUGCAUAUUCUUACACCAGUAGUGAUACAGUGUGAGAGGGGAGGGGCGCUUAGUGGUAGGAAUCCUCCAUUAGGCUUAUGCUAUGUUUAAUAUCAUUUCGGCAAGAUUAAAAUGUUAAGCUGUGUCCAAGAACUUAAUGAACGUAGGAACCUCAGAGAGUGGGGGCAAGUAGUCAUCAUCAUCAUCAUCGCCGUCGUCGUCGUCGUCAUCAUCAUCAUCAUCAUCAUCACCAUCAUCAUCAUUCGUCGAACCCAAUCUCAAUAUAUGAGACUGGUCUUCCUGUGUCUUAGGUAACUACUUUCCAAACAGCCGAUAGACUUCCAAGCUAUUCCCUAGACUCUAAAAAUGCACCUUCCUUGAACUGAACUGAGCAACUUCUUUGUUAGUUGACCAGUAGAAUAACGUACGCGUCUGCAAUGCGUUUGGUUCCUUGUAUAUACGUAUUACCCAUCGUUUAGGGUGUCGAUGGCAAUCCUCCGCCAGCCGCAAGACGUCUUUCCGGUUCCACCCUUAGCGUCUUAGUAAUUUUGGAAUAGUUUCGUACUAACUCCUCGUUAAAAUCGUACGUUCUAAACAAUAAAUCUGUAAAAUCUGGUCCAUCAUUCACAUAGUAAAUUUUGCUAUUAAGCUUGUUUUCUUGUGCGUUCGCUUUUGUUGUAGGGUGAGUGAGCUUCUUGAACAUCGUGGACGAUCGCCCUGGCUUUGGCCAGAUAUCAUCUAUAAUCUGAGUCCUUCAGGAAGAGAGUUUAACAAGUGUCUGGAUAUUCUUCAUGGUUUCACAGAUAAGGUGCCUCCUUCUUAUUCUUUUUUUUUUUCUAUGAAAAAUGCAUAUUUCAACAUUUGCUGUAAGAGUACAAAGGGUUCGAUCAUCUACAGAGCUUUAGGCUGUUUACAAUACAUAUUAAAAAUACAGUGAAUGAUCGAUUAAGCACCGCUACUCGAAUAAGCACCGCAACUUUACCGAAAAUAAUUUGAUAAGCGCCGCUCUCGUAUAAGCGCCGCACCCAUAACAGGGAAAAUGACGUAAGCGACGGGGCGCUUAAUCUAUCAUUUACCACCGUUUUCGUUGAUACGCGACUUUCGAAAACAAAACACCCGUGGAAACGUUUCCAAAAUUUCCGUCAAUCAUGCAUGUUAUCGACAGAUCGGAUCGAAAUCCACCAAUCACAACCACUAGUGUGACCUUCUGACCUUCUUUACGUCGUGCUAGCGGGCUGUGAUUGGUGGAUUUCGAUCCGAUCUGUCGAUAACAUGCAUGAUUGACGGAAAUUUUGGAAACGUUUCCACGGGUGUUUUGUUUUCGAAAGUCGCGUAUCAACGAAAACGGUGGUAAGGUACUUUUAAACGUCACGAACGAACAAAACAAAAAGAAAAAAACACACUAGUAUAGUUAACAGAAACUGACGGUUGGACAUAGUAGCAAACGAUUGGGCAAAAUCAGCACUAGCAAUCCCAUUAAAAGCCAAUCGAUUUUUUUUCUAAUCGGAGGCACAAUGCCGUCUAUUUCCAAGUAGUUGUGCAGCAGAGGAAAACAAAUUUUCCUGCAGUGCAGCAAAACUUGGGCAGUAUAGAGAAAAUGUUUCGCGUCCCUUUAAUAGGGCGAAAGACAGCAAAGGGUGACAAAGAUGAUAGUUUAAGGCACUAAAAGUCUCCAACGAUUGUGAGAUAUUGACUCCGAACGAUCCCUAAUGUAAAAAAGGUAGUUACGAGUUGGAAAACGGAAGCAUUUAUUUUAUUAAAUGCUAGGUGAUUGACGAGCAAAUUGCUGAAAGGGCAGCUACAAAAAGGUCUGUUGGGGAACAGGGGCAACAGAACAACAGCGAGUGUCAGACAGAGAGAAAGCGACUUGCAUUUCUCGAUACGUUGCUCGAAGCAUAUGAAGACGGAGAAAUCUCGCGAGAAGGAGUUAGGGAAGAAGUGGACACAUUCAUGUUUGAGGUCAGUAAAAGAAAUUGUGAAUGACUGAGGACAAGAGAGAAUGAGACAGAAAAAAAAUCUUAGGGUGUGUGCUAGGAUUCGUGAAUUUCACUAAAGUUUUAAUAGGUUCAAAUUAAAAGGAAGUCUAAUUCCUUGGACAUCCGCAAAUCUUAAUCGAUUGUUUGAAAAGUCAAAUCCAAGCACGGCUGCAUCGAAAGCAAACCAUGUACUCACUAGAAUAUUGUGAUGUCGAGACACCAAGGGAGCAUAAUGUCCUAUCACUCUCUCUCUUGAUAACACCGGGAAUAAAAGUUUGCGGACCUCUCCGGAAACCAACUUCCGUUUAAUUGGUCUAAAAAUAUCUUCGGCGAAAUUCACAUAUCUCAAGCCAGGGCUAGACUGGGAUUUACUCUCUCUGUCCUCUCUGUCCUUGCUUGAGAUAUGAAGAAAAAGAAUUUAAAACACCCAAUAUACCCUCACGAUAUGAUAGAAAUGAAAAUGAAUACAGCGGGGGAUCCCCCCUCCCCCCUUCCAGACGUGACACUUGUCUGAGACUUCUUAACUGCACUUCUUAACUAGCUGAUUUUUUCAAUGAAACGGGAGUUGCAUUUUGCCACUAAACUAAAUUCUAGAGAUAUUCAACGAAAUCUGCAUGUACAAUCUUUGUUACAAGCACAAGAGGAGGGUGUUCCAAGGAUGCGUCCUUUACGAGUAGAAUUCAUGUACACAGUAUCAAGGGGCCAAGGAAUUAUUACGUGCAACCGCGACUGGUGGGAGGGGGUGUGGGGUGUGUGGAGAGAAGUAAUUUGCCACAGAAAAGUUCAACAGUCCUUUCUGAACCAAAGUUUGGACCCCCUGGAUGGUUUUUGAGCCCCCCACCCUCAAUUUAACUUGAAUAUCUUCAAAACUGUUCACGCUAUUACUGCCAAACUUAGUAAUUCUACCUCGUCUCGCGUGAGUCUCGUAAAGGAGUAACGAACUUUCUUAUUUAGGGUCAUGACACCACCGCAGCUGGUAUCACGUGGGCUUUGUAUCUUCUCGGUCGUCAUCCAGACAUACAGCAGAGAGUAUAUGAGGAGGUCGACAGAUUUUUUGGUAACUAACUAAAUAAAAUAUUACAAUUAAUACACAAGUACAGUUACGUACUACUCCCUGGAUAAGUUCUCAUUUUCAUCGUCACCAUAUCAUCAUCAUCAUCAUCAUCAUCAUCAUCAUCAUUAAUAUCGUUGACCAUAUGUUGCCUAGAAAAGGUUGACUUCAUUGUUUUGAAAUAAUUUUUGACGAUCAUGAGAAGUUCUUUGGCGAUUUGGCUUUUGCUUUAUUUCUGUUUUUAGAAGGCAGUGCGAUUCCUAAAAGAAAAGUAUUUUGCAUGAAUCAGUUAGAAUCUGUAUUCUGCAUUUAGCUCGCUGCUUUUGUCAGAGUUGACUGAUUUUGAGGCAUGAAUCAUUUCACGCUAUUUGUUUUCUAGCAAGGCGUCCAGACAUUUUGACUGUUGAGGACUUAAAGGAAUUCCGUUAUAUGGAGUACGUGCUGAAGGUAAAUUAAUGGAUGGAAUUCAAAAGACACACUUACGAAUUUAGUGAUAUGAUCGUGGCAGUUGUCGUUAUAGCUAAGCAAUUUAAGAAAUUGCACAUUAACUCAAAAACAACUUCAGGGCUUCAACGGGACUCAAACCCAAGGCGUCUCCGUAAGAGCUUCUGUGCUCUGCCAACUGAGCUAUGGAGACCCAUACAUUGAGACCCUUACAUUGGGAACAUUGGCCCUCAGUAGUACUUCUGUUUGCAACAAAAUUAGUCUGUACAUGUCACGCGUCUUACCGGGCUUAAGCAAACUUGCUUUACAGCAAGUGUAUGGCGUGACUUCUGCUUAAUUUUGUCCAAUCACAAGUCGGUAUUCACGCAACUCAACAACCUGAUUUGUUGCGAGACGGCUUUGAACGUGGGUGGAACAACGCGCAGCAUCGCUUUUCAACUCGUUUUGUAGAAAUGUUACCAAUAAAGUUGCACCUUUUUGAUGCGCAUUUUACCGUAGCUUUACUCAAUGUAAAAUGCAUCAUUUGAAUGAAAUGACACAUACUUACAAACCAAAUGUAUAAUUGACCGCAAAAUAUCACCAGCUGUCUAUAGCAACUUUAGUUACUCAUCAGUGACCCGUUGGUUUUAGGAAUCUCAGCGAUUACUACCUUCCGUGCCAUUCUAUUCAAGAACAACAACUGAAGACUGCUAUUUAGGUGAGUUGGUUCUUUUUGGUACCAAACGUCUCAAUUACAAGAAUUAUUGUUGGUACUGCCUCUGCACCGAUACAUCCCAGGCGGGUACAAUAAAUAUUUUGGUGGGAUGUGGGAGGGGAGGGUGAGCAGUUACCAAAGCAGCGCUUGUGACUAGCUUCAUACGUAAGGAUAUUUUGCUGAUAAUAGAUGAAAAAUAAUAUUUAUAAUAACAACAACAUAUUUUUUCACGAUGUGAGGAAAAACAUGUCCAUCUGCGUAAAUGGAGACUUCAAUAAUUAUCCUAUCUUCUGGGAAAAUUUUUUGGUAAAUUGCAAUUUAUUUACCCACGAAACACUUAGGAGUUCUGUAUGAGAACAAGAAAGAAUUGGAAUUUGGAAAUGUUGGUUUUUGAGGAGAGGUGAAAACCGGACUGCCCGGAGAAAAACCUCUCGGAGCAAGCGAGAGAACCAACGACAAACUCAACCCUGGGCGUCGACGCCGCGAUUUGAAUCCGGACCACAUUGGUGGGAGGCGAGUGCUCUCAUCACUGCGCCAUCCCUUUCUCUCCUGUAAGGAAAGGGUCAAGGAUACACGCAGUAAUGGGUAAUACUUCACCAGCCAUUCUUCCAUGAACGCCAAUUUAUUCGCAACUUGACCAACAAGCUAGCCUGAAAAGCGUGUGAACACUUUUGAUUGCGUAGUUUUAGCCACAUUGAAAGAUCCCUCAUAAACUUGAUAAAACUUAUUAAAUGAUGGUUUGUAUGAAACCGCGUUCUCAAAUCAAACACUAAACUGCAGCUCGUGCUUUUGUAAAAAUAACAGCAACAAACAAGCACACAAAAUCAAAAUACGACACAUCUUGCUCCAGACUUGGCAUACCUAUCUCAACAAGAUAUUUAUUAACUUGUCACAAUUAUUUCUCGAGCCCGAAUGGGCUCUGAGUCAAUAGCCCAUGAGGCCUAAGGCCGAAUGGGCUAUCGGACUCAGAGGCCAUGAGGGCGAGAGGGAUAAUUGCUUUAGUAAAAUUCAACUAGUUGGUCAAAAAUAUCGAGACCAAACAACUUUAACAAGCAAAACGCGAUUUAACCGCCAUUGUUUUGGGUUUCAAAGCCAGCGCUUUUCGAUACUAGUGGGCUAUAACAUAUAGCCUAGUAGUAGCUCAAACCAAUCAGAACGCAGCAUUGAUAAUAGACCACUAGUUGGAUUUUGGUAAUUAACAAUUAUUCCUCGAGCCGGAGUGGGCUCUGAGUCCAUAGCCCAUGAGACCGAAGGCCGAAUGGGCUAUUGACUCAGAGGCCAUAAGCUAAGGGCGAGAGGAAUAAUUGUUUUAGUAAAAUCCAACUAGUUAGUCAAAAAUAGCGAGAAUAAAAAAGAUUUAGCUAGUUAAAGCUUAACUUUAAUCCCUUUUUGCCGCCAAAAAUCCGGCGCUUUUCGCUACUAGUGGGCUACAACAUAUAGAGUAGUAGUAGCCCAACCAAUCAGAACGCAGCAUUGAUAAUAGACCACUAGUUGGAUUUUACUAAUGAUCUCUUAGCCUGCGAUAACAGCUUUCUCUUCUGGCUCCUUAAUUUCACCAGGAGAGACGUCCCUAGUGGCGAGAGGCGAGGAGUGACGGUUGUUUUCGCGCCCAGGCUAUUGAUCUCUUGAACCUUCCAUCAAACAAUACAGAAUGGGUCCACUAACAGAUUACUGCAUGCAUUCUCUCCAGGUGAUUUCUUCCUUCCAAAGGGAUCCGCCGUUACCAUUUCCCCUCUCGCCUUGCAUAAAAACCCCGAGGUGUGGCCAGCACCGUUGGAUUUCGAUCCAGACCGUUUUCUUCCUGAGAAUAUUAAAGGACGCCAUCCCUUUGCGUUUCUUCCAUUCUCUGCUGGGCCAAGGAAUUGCAUUGGUAAGCUGGCAUAG